GCUGGCGGUCACCAUGGAGUUAGCCUCGACGAUCUCCCCCACAGCCUCGCUGUUCACCACGCCCACGAGCAACAACACCUGCCUCACCCUGUAUGCCCACCGGACUACGCCCAGGUCCCUAAUGCCGCUCUUCUACUCCGUGCUGUUCCUGGUGGGGCUGUCGGGCAACGCCCUUGCGCUGCACGUCAUCCGCCCCAACCGGCGGAAGAUGAACUCCACCACUCUGUACUCCCUCAACCUGGUCAUCUCCGACAUCCUCUUCACCCUCUCCGUGCCCUUCCGGCUGGUCUACUACGCCAUGGGCUUCCACUGGCCAAUGGGGGAGGUGAUGUGCAAGUUGACCGGUCUCCUGUUCUACAUGAACACCUACGCCGGGGUCAACUUCAUGACCUGCCUCAGCAUCGACCGCUUCAUCGCCGUGGUGCUCCCGCUGCGCCUCGGCCGCUUCCGGAAGGUGCACAACGUGCGCUACAUCUGCGUGGGGGUCUGGCUCCUGGUGCUGGCCCAGACGCUGCCCCUGCUCAACAUGGAGAUGACCAACGAGGAGCCCGACGGCUACAUCACCUGCAUGGAGUACCCCAAGUUCGAGCAGGUGGAGCACAUCGCCUACAUCCUGAUCGGCGCCGUGUUCCUGGGCUACGUCAUCCCCAUGGUGACCAUCCUGCUCUGCUACUCGGUGCUGUGCUCCAAGCUGAGGGUCAGCGCCCAGAAAAACCGGCUGACGCACAAGUCAGGGCGCAGCCACAAGGCCAUCGGCGUGAUCUGCUGCGUGUCGCUGGUGUUUGUGCUGUGCUACAGCCCCUACCACGUGGACCUGCUGCAGUACAUGCUGCGCAAGCUGCUGCAGGCCAGCCCGCCGGACUGCGCGCAGCUCACCGCCUUCCAGGUGUCCCUGCACAUCACUGUGUGCCUGAUGAACCUCAACCCCUGCCUGGACCCCUUCAUCUACUUCUUUGCGUGCCGGGGCUACAAGAGGAAGGUGCUUAAGCUUCUCCGGAGGCACGUGAGCGCGUCCUUCUCCAGCGUGGGGCGCACCUCGCCCGAGUGUUCCUCCAGGGACAUCGUCAACGACCACAAGAUCCCCCUCAACUCCGUACACAACUCCAUACACAACUCCAUGCACAAAGUGGAGAACAACAGCGUGAUGGGAGAGAGGGAGGGAGAGGGAGGGAAAGAGGGAUAGAGAGAGACAGAGAGAAAGAGAGAGAGAGACAGGGAAAGGGAGACAAAGGGAUUGAAAUAGGGAGACAGAGGAAGAGAGAGACCAUACCUCUGUGGGUGUUGAACUUCUUGGUACAGGAACAAGGUCUAAGGUCUACUCCUUAUCACAUGAACACUUUUAUCCAUUAUUGGUCUCUCGGCAGUGAGGACUACUGCAGAGCAGUUUGGGAAUAAGAACAAACAGGUUUGAAUGUUGUGUACUUUCAACAGAUUGUUUAAUUUAAAUGUUGUUACUUAUUUACUAGACCCAUGUUUUUGUAUUCUGGUUGUUUUUUAUUUUGAAGGAGGUCACUGCAAAUCUUCUUCAGCUAUGUUUUGUUCUCAUCAAUUGUUAGGCCAUUCUCUGUAAGGACAUUCUCAAAGUGGGGGAGGGGGAAUAACAACUAUAUGAUGUUUGUGACGUUUGUAUAUAACAGAAUAAUAUGUAUUCACUGUCAACCACAGAGCACAUGAACAUACAUUCCUUUUGAGCGCACUUUGAUGCAUUAUGAUUUCCACUGAGAAAACUAUUUUUCUGUUACUGAUGUUAUUUGAAGUAUUAACCAAUGUUUAUUAUGUAUUUCGAUUCAUUCAAAUUGCUUUCUAGAUAUGACUUUAGAUAAUAGUCAGAAGGAACAGUGCACUUACCAAUUUCUACCUGUAGAGGGAAGCAUAUCCCUGUUAGUGAACUGAGUGAACUUAUUUAAGUAAACAAUCAAUUCCAAAGGCAUUUCAAUUUCCAAUCUACGAUCUAUGCCUAGCAAACAAAUACCAUGGUCAAUCAUAUACUUUUUUUUGGUUUAAGAAAUUAUAUUUAAAAACCUACAGAAGAAAACAUAAGAAAGGGGAACACGGUGGCGGCACUUCAUAUUAGAAAUGCAUCAAAUUAUACAUAGGGCCUACAUGAUUAUAAGAACACAUGAUGUUCUCAACGAUGGAGAUGGAGCCUCAAAAGAAUCAGCCACAUGAUAGGUAUCAGAAAGAGGGGAAACAUCACACAGACUGUUGUCAUAACAACAUAUUGCAGUGAACACAAAGUGCCAUCUGGCAAGAUCUUUUUUUCAGGACAUAUUGAGAGGACAAGCAGACAGAUAAUUAUUUCACUGGAAAAAUAAACGGAUCCAACUAA